AGCUCAGGCUCUUCAAAACGAAAAUGAAGAUCCUCAUAAAAAUGAAAGUUCUUAUGCUACCAGUAUGAAAAAGGGCAAGGCCACACAGCAGGUAAAGAAAGCAAAAGCGCAAAAGCAAUCGACGAAGUCGGACGGCGAAGACGAGCAAGGUCAAAAAGCUGGCGCCCUUGCACCGGAAGGGGAAGAAGUAGCACCACAGUUACAAAUUUCAUUUUCAGAAGCAGAAGAAGCAGCAAGUUCUACAGCCGGCGUUGACCUUGACGGCAAGAAGAUGAACAAGAAGCGCACCAGAAGAAACACGUCUACACGAUCUACACCUGUAGCGGAGGGAGACCUCUUCGACAAUGGAAAAAAGAAAGAAAUAGGGAACCGCAAUCGUCAAGUUGUGCGAGAUCAAGACGCGCAAGAGGAUAUCAAAUCCAGCGCGUCUACGAUAUCAACAUCCAUGAAGCGCCGGAAUAAGAAAGCCAAAAUUGAACAAGAAGGACCGCAGGACGUCGUACCAUCAAGAUCAACGCCCGCCGCGCCAUGUUCUUCAAAUAAACCUCCGCUACCGGCAGACGAUAUCGCACAUUCAGGAGGACCGCAAAACGCCGAAGAUGAAAAGCGCCCGAACAGCAGCAAGCGCUUCUCCGUCUCGUGUAAAAAAGCUCCGUCUGCGACGCCCAUGAAACGGAGCCGAAAAGGGUCAGCGUUCGUAUCGGACGCCGAAAGCAACUACAGUGAGGCGAAGUCUCAACAACAUAAUACUGCAAAACCGGCAACAUUGGCACAAACAUCUGGACGCGGAGUAGACGAAGGAGUAAUAGAGCCUGCAGAAGUAUUACUAUUAGGAUUAGCCGACUCAAAGAAGAAGCGCCGCAAAAAAGAGAAACAAGAAUUGCUGGAUCGGCAUGACGGAGUAGAGGUAGACAAAAAGGCCCCCCCUCCUCCGGUGGUAGUUGUGAACUCAUCCAGUAGAUCACAGCAAGCCCCCGCCGGCGACGAAGAUGAAAAUGAGAACCUGAAAAAAGGGAAAACACCAAGUACGCCAAAAGCAAAGGCCAAGGCACCUAAGGCCGCUAAGCCUGAGGCUGGGAGGGCCUCAGUAGUAGUACUAGCCGCUGAUGGGCCAGAAUCUUCAUCAGGCGUUUCUAUUCUCGCACCAUCUCCGAAAAGUCCAGCUGGUGGGGUGAUGAAACUGCAAGGGAAAGAACAGACGAGCGCCAAGUCAAAUUCUGUUCCAGCGUCGCCGAAAGCUGCGAAGGCGAAAGCUUCACAACCGGCUGUGCCACCAAUAAAAAUAAUGUCGGCGGGAGCAAGAAGCCGUAGUCGCAGUACCCGUGGUGCUACAGCAAAAGCUGCGCCUCCAGUGGGGGCUCCGGUCCAUGAGGUAGAUUCUGGAAGAAAAAUGCCUCCACCCCCAGCGCAACCAUCCACUCCAAAAAGGAACAAGUCUAUGAAGUCUGUCAAGCUCCUGCAAGAUGACGAGGCAGGUAAAAAAGCGACAGCGAAAGAGCCGGCUCGCAGCGGAACAAAUGAUCUUGUGGUGCCUGCUGCGCAAAACGCCAAAGCGGGUCGUCGAAGAGCAACAACUCCUGCAACGGGUAUUAAGCAGUCACCAAAAGCAAAACCAAAGGCAAAGGCGAACAAGGCCACAGGCGGGGACACCGGAGCAGGAGCUGCUUCAUCCGCGGAUAAAAAUCUUCAAGAUCUUCUGGACGGUAGCUCAACACUUUCGUCUUCUAAAGCGGUGGAGCGUGAAGAUACUUCGAGAAAGAUGAACACUGAAGCAGAAGGAAAUACGGUAGCACCAACUGCACGUGGUGCUUCGCCCGCUGGCAGGAGAGCAAUGAAGAAAGCGUCUUCAACAACUACUGCAAAUAAUGAUGAUGUCCCGGCGUCUUCCAGUGCAGCUAGUUCGUCAAGUGCUUCCGCUGCACUUCAAGAAGUAGUUGCUCAAACGGGAAAGAAGAGAAACGCUCGCAACAAUUCUAACGGUGGGCCAGCGGUUUCACGCGGAGGAGCAGACCCAGCUUCAUCUUCCAAAAGUGACGCGACAAAAAAAGCAAAAAAAGAAAAAGCUCAAGUCGCUGCUCCCGUUGAUGUUGCGGACAAAAGUUGUGAAGCAACUGCUGAGACGAAUAAGAAAGUGCCAAUGAAAUCCAAAGCGACAUCAAAGCACUCUUCAAAGAACAAAUCACCAGAAGACAAGUAAACGCGGCGGCCUGGCUUAUGAGAUCCUAAUUGGCAAGCAGCUAGAGUCGCACUCGCAACCGCAGCGGCGCUUGGUAAAAAAAAUGCGAGCUUCUUUUGAAACGACAAGUAAGUUAGUAGAUGUAGAUGACGAUGAAUCUGAAAUACAACGACAGAGGU